AUGCACCUUCUUCAGACUCUGACGGCCUCAUUUCUGCUCGCUGGCAGCUCAUUAUGCGCCGGAGCUACUGGGACCGCCCAGCAGGGUCACCGUGGAGCAAUUGCCCCGAAGGUGUUUAUCGUGUCAAUGUUUGCACCUGAAGCUGAAGCUUGGUGGAACAUCCCCGAAUUCGACCUGCUUUCCCACAAUAUCACCAUUCCCGGUCUCUCACCACUGUUCCCGGACGUCUUCUGUACCGAGGACUAUGAUGUUUGCCAACUCAUCACGGGAGAAGGCGAGAUCAAUGCUGCUGCGACUGUCACAUCUGUUGCUUUCUCCCCUCUCUUUGAUCUCACGCAAACCUACUUCUUUGUCGCGGGCAUUGCUGGCGUCAAUCCUAAGAGAGCUACCACUGGAUCCGCAGCCUUUGCUCGGUACGCAGUCCAGGUCGCGCUGCAGUAUGAAAUUGAUAUCCGCGAACUUCCUAGCAACUUUUCCACCGGGUAUGUUGCGCAAGGUACCGAAUUCCCAGGCCAGUAUCCGACCAGCAUCUACGGUACAGAGGUCUUCGAGGUGAACGCUGACCUACGCACAAUUGCCGCUAAUUUUGCGCGCACGGCAAACCUCUCCGACUCUGCCACUGCUCAGGCAUACCGCUCCCACUACAAGACCCCUAGUGGGAAGUACAAGGCUGCCACCCUAUCUCCUAGUGUUGUUGAAUGUGAUGUCGCGACCUCCGAUGUGUACUUCAGCGGCAAUAUCCUCGGAUCGGUGUUCGAGAAUACCACCAAGGUGUUGACUAAUGGAACGGGCGACUAUUGCACAACCGCGCAGGAGGAUAACGCUACAUUCGAAGUCUUGCUCCGAUCCUCGAUGCACAAGCUGACCGAUUUCUCUCGCAUUAUCGUGAUGCGCACUGCGUCGGACUUUGAUCGCCCCUAUCCCGGUUCUUCGGCGACCUAUAACCUCUUCCAGUCGUCAGCGCAGGGCGCAUUUGAGCCUGCUAUUAAGAACCUCUAUGUUGCUGGUAUCAAGGUUGUCGAGGGUAUUCUGGACGGGUGGAAUACUACUUUCGCGGCUGGUAUCAAGGCAAAUAACUACGUCGGUGAUAUCUUCGGUUCUCUCGGCGGUGUUCCGGACUUUGGCCCUGGCCGCAAGCAGGCUCUUGUCGGUGGCGGCGCUUACAGAAAGCGCAACCUUCAAGACAACUUCAGACGUCGUGUUUAA